AAUCAAAGGCAGAAGAAGAAGGUGGAGGAGUGUCGGUAACUCUACUGUGCAGAGGUGGAUGUGUUCUUUUCCACAUCUGUUCUUUAAUUAAUCUUCGUCAUGUCUGCGAGAAACCCCGGGACUAAACUCGACCUGCAGUGGGUGUCUAAGGUGAGGGUGAACACUCAGGCCGUCCUCAAGAGAGCUCAGCAGAUACAGGGAUUGAAGACACCGAAGAAACAGUGGCAGGCGGCGUGGCUCCUGAAGGCGGUCACCUGUAUCGACCUGACCACUCUGGCGGGAGAUGACACUCCGUCCAACGUCCACCGUCUGUGUCUGAAAGCUGUCCAGCCAAUCAGAUGUGACCUGCUGAAGAGCAUGGACAUGCACAACAAAGGUGUAACCACAGCAGCAGUGUGUGUGUAUCCUGCACGUGUUCCUGAUGCUGUUAAAUCUCUUAAAGCUGCAAACUCUAGCCUACCUGUGGCUUCAGUGGCGACUGGUUUCCCAGCAGGUCAGACCCCGUUAGAGACCCGCCUUCAGGAAGUGCGCCUGGCGGUGUCUGAUGGAGCGGCAGAGAUCGACAUCGUCAUCAACCGAACACUCGCCAUCACGGGACAAUGGGAAGCUCUGUACGAUGAGAUCUGUCAGUUUCGUCAGGCCUGUGGAGACGCUCACAUGAAGACCAUCCUCGCCAUCGGAGAGCUUGGUACCUUCACCAACGUCUACAAAGCCAGCCUGGUGGCCAUGAUGGCGGGUUCAGACUUCAUUAAGACGUCAACAGGUAAAGAAACUGUCAACGCUACCUACCCUGUUGCCAUAGUGAUGGUGAGAGCCAUCAGGGACUACUACCUGUCUACAGACACAAGUACAGUGACCACACCUAUCUACCAUCAUGUGACUGGACAGUACGCAGCCUAUCACGAGCUGCCGAUGGCCUGA